AUGGCUGCAGAAAAUGCUCCGCGUCAGCACCCUCAAUCUGUCCGACUGACUGUGCAUUUUACUCUACAUAAGAAAUCUGGCAAAAUCCUGGGGAAAGGUGUCUAUAGCACGAAUCCCGAGGAAAUGAUCAGUCAGGCCCGCGGCAUCCUCGCCGGGGUCCUAUCCAAGGGAAGUGUUGAGAACUUGAAUUUCGACAUUGAGGAAGUCGGAUUGAAAGGUGAUGGAGUCUACUUUUACAACAUUAAGGAGAACGGCUUACCCUCAUUGGAGUAUGACCUAGAUGAGGUUGUGUUUCUUGUGACAUCGCACUCUAUAAUCUCACAAUAG